AAUAUAACAACGUCCACUCCAUCCCGACGCCAAAACCGGGAUGUCGACAUAUCGAGUUUCAUGGAUAUGCAUUCACCCAGAGAGCCAGUGGACAGCUAUGGCAACCAAGACUAUUUAGAAAACGUCAUGAGAGUGGCAAAGUAAUUAUAUAGUUUGGACGAAUUGUAUCCCACGAUGAGAAAUGUGUGGCUGAAUAGAGGUGGUUUUUGUAGCAUGUUCACGGGAAUAAGGCAAAACGUUGAACAAGAAGACGCUAAUCAGCAGCAAUUUUUGGAUAAUCUGAUAUCGCAAUUGUUAGACGAAGCUCAGACCAACGCCAAAGGCCCACCACCGGCUUCAGAACGUUUCAUCCAAAGUCUUCCACGUGUAUCGGUUGACUCGCUAUCCAGUGAUGAAUCUUGUAUCAUUUGCAAGGAAAAUUUCCAUGAAAGCCAAUCGGCCGUUACAAAGAUGCCAUGUCACCACUUUUUUGAUCGAGAGUGUUUGCUCCCAUGGCUACAACUUCAUAAUACCUGCCCCAUGUGUCGCUAUACCGUCGAAACAGAAGAACAAGUUAAAGAAGAAGAACAAGAGGCCACUCGAAACUGGAUGUAUGGCUAGAACACCCCACCGACCCAACAAAAACAAAAAAAAAUUAAAAAUUUGAAUUCUGGGGCAGUAAUUAAUAAAAAAAAAAAUGGUUUGAGCAUUGUUUGACCCUCUACGCUAA